AUGAGUCACCUUGCCGAGGACAAUGUACAAAAUCUAAGAGGGAAUUCGAAUUGUGCGAACGUGAAAAACAAAACUAUUAUAUCCAAAGAUUCUUUAGAAGCUGUUGAGAAAGGCUUAAGAGAAGAAGAAGAGAAGUUGACUGAGUUGUUAACGCAUUCACUGCAUAUAAACCAUCACAAUAUUUCAAAUGGAAUAAUACUAAAAAUGGUUCACCUGACUAAACCUAUUGGCAAUACUGACAAAGAUACCAUUCAUAUUGAAGAUGUGGAAGAUGAUGGUGAGAUUGCAAUAAUAUCAUACGAAUCAGAGUUACAAAUGCCUGAAAUAAUGAGACUAAUACAAAAGGAUUUAUCUGAGCCAUAUUCUAUCUACACAUAUAGAUACUUUAUACAUAAUUGGCCUAAGCUCUGCUUCUUAGCGAUUCAUGAAGGAAAAUGCAUUGGUGCCAUUGUAUGUAAGUUAGACAUGCAUCGCAAUGUUGUAAAGAGAGGCUACAUUGCUAUGUUGGCAGUUGAUAAGAAGUAUAGGAAAAAGGGUAUUGGGUCUAAGUUAGUGCAAAAAGCAAUACAGGUGAUGAUCAAUGACAAUGCUGAUGAAGUUGUCUUGGAAACAGAAAUCACUAACAAACCAGCACUGAAACUAUAUGAAAACUUGGGCUUUGUUAGAGACAAACGCUUAUUUCGGUAUUAUCUCAAUGGGGUAGAUGCAUUGCGGUUGAAACUUUGGCUAAGGUGA